UAUCGGAAUGGGCCGUUACAGUAUAUGGGGGGAGAAACAACAAUGAUAGAAGAGAUUGAUGGUGAUCGGUGGUCCGUAUUUGAAGCCUAUGCAGAGUUAAGGCAGUUUGGUUAUGUGCAGGAGAAUAUCCCUUCGUUGUGGUUAGAGAAACCUAUACUUACAAUGUUAGAGGAGAUCAGGGUUAAACUAAUGACUAGGUGGGCAGAGAAUAGGGAUCUGGCUCAGAACUAUGCAGGGACAAUCUUACCUAGGAUUAGAAUCAAGUUGGAGAGGAGGUCUAGAUCUGUUGGAGAAUGGCGGCCAUAUUGGUCUGCAGCUCAAAAAUAUGAGGUUGUGAGUGGGUUAGAUAAGUUUACUGUUGACUUAGGAUCCUUUGAGUGCUCAUGUAGAAGGUGGCAGUUGAGUGGUAUACCCUGUGUCCAUGCGAUUAGCUGCAUCAAGUUCAAGGGAUUUGGCUUGGAACCUUAUGUGGCCGACUGUUACAAGAGAGAAACAUACCUGAAGUGCUACGAAGCAGUAAUAUACCCAUUGAACAGACCUGAUCUAUGGGAGAUUACCCCACAUCCUGAUGUGAUGCCUCCCCCAUACAGAAGGCCUAGUCACAGGCCAGUCAAAAAAGAAAACAAUUUGUUGGAGAUGAAGAACAGAGCAGCCACAUUCACAUGUCCAGGAAGGGGGAGAAAGAAAAGUGCUCUAUAUGUGGUGUUGUUGGACAUAAUAAGAGCAGAUGCCCUAAACCUAUUGAGAAUGAGGCCCAAAAUUCCAAGAAUCUAAGCAAAGGCAAGUAAGCCAGGGGAAGCAACAAGUCAAACCCUCUUGCUGCUAAGGGAGGAAA